UCCAGGAAGUCCUGUGUGUAAUGUUGGCGCUUGCUCGUUCGGUGAAACACACAAAACACUAAGAACACGUGUCCUGUGAAAACCACGCAACGUCGUGUGUUAAACAUGUCUCUAAACAUGUGUGUUGACUGACGGUACGAGCUGUGUUCAGGGAGCCGCCGCAUCAUGGACUGGCUCGGGGUGUGUGUGCUGCUCAGCCUGUUGCUCAGUGUCCUCACAGCGGCUGCUUGUGUGUUGUACUCCGGCCUCUUGUCUGGCAUCACGGUGCUCACCGGCUCUGCUCCCAUUAAGAAGAUCACGUUCGCCUACAAGUUCACAGAGGGACCGUACAAAGCGUGCGGACCACUUUUAAACGAGUCCCACAGGAUCGGACCAAAGCUCUCAUCCAUUGGAGUUUUUUAUGAUGACCCUAGAAAGGUGCCUGGACCACAGUGCCGCUGUGCUAUCGGCAGUAUUCUGAGUGAAGGAGAAAACAAGGCUGACGAGGAGCUUCUGAAGCGCUAUGAGACGUCUGGCUUUAAUGUUUAUACUUUUCCUGAAGUCACACACGUGGUCACUACCUCAUUACCCCACAAGACGUUUUUCUCUAUUCUCCUGAGAGUGUGGAAGGUCUACCCACAGCUAGAGCUCUACAUCAAGGAGAGGAGGCUGUGUGCUCACCCGUUCCUUGAGAUCUACCGGGAAGGUCAGAUCCAGUUCAUGGCCCCCUUGGCCCGGCAGGGAGAUUUCUACGUCCCUGAAGCCCGGCAUGUAGAAAGGAGGCUCUCAGAACAAGAGGAACCCCACAGUGAUACAGACAUCUCAGGUGCAGACUCGAACAGUGAAUACAGCUCAGGGAGUGGGGUUCUCCUGUCAGACAGCAGAGAGACGUCCCCAGCGGGUUCCUUGGUCCACUCUGUGGAAGAAGAGGAUGGAGAUAACAGAGGGAGAAGCUCCAGGGGAGCCUCGCUCAAAGAGCUGGACCCGGAGCUGGCUGGCCGACCCGAGUCUGAAGAAAGAGAGGCGAGGCUUCGUGGAGACUCUGUCCAGAAGAGCCUGGAGGUUCCCACUCAGCAGUGGUUGGGUGUCGUUGGAGGGGAGGAGUGAAAGUUCGAGACAUAUUUGUUAGGGAUGAAAGAAUAAAGGGAUUGGGGGAAGUUAUUCUUUAUUUUUCUUCACAUGAAAAGACUGAAACCAAUUACAUGUUAAUCAGUUUCUGCUUUCUGCCAUGAAAGACCAUUCUGUCUUAGAGACGUUCAUAAAUAGGUACUUCGGACUUCAAAUAAGUCAAUUUUCUUCCUUCACGCAGCGGGAAACUGCAUUUUUUUAGCAAAAAAUAGAACUGGAGUACUUGUUGGGAAUUAUUUUAUCCACAUUUGCUUUGCUAUUGACUAGUUACAGUAGAUUGCAUCCAUUCAAAAAUAGAAUGGCAUUUAGAGAGCAAAUAUCCCGUCAAGGCCCAAUAGUCUCCUUUUGAAGUCACAUUUAAAUUCACAAGAUCUGGAUUAAUAUUUGGAACUGCACCAAAUUGCACACACUUAUACAUAUCAGUUCUUGAUUUUUUUCAUCAUGAUCCAUGAAUUAUUCUCUGAGAGAAUGAGGAAAAUGUUGAAAAAACCUUAUCUCACUAACUACAAAUAAAAGGAAAACAUAACUUUCUUGGCAGAGGUGAUAAACUACAGUGACUACAUUCUCCCACUAUGGAGAUCUAUGUUCGAGGCUUUUAAUUCUAUACAUUAAUUGUUACUUAUGGUCUUUUCAUAGGAUCGGUUGACAGUAAAAAAAAUGUUCAGGUCAUCAGUUUCUACAGAAGUGAGGCUGUUUGUCAGAAUCAUAGACAAAUGAACUCUUUGUUAGCCAAAGCAUUUUACUUGAAUAUCACUAUUCAUAUUUUAUCUCUCCAUCUGAAAUGAUCAUAGCUAUUGUGAAAAUGAUGUUUGUUUGACAUGACUUUAUUUUGCUGGACAACUAGAUAUUUGUUUUUUAGAGGAUUGUAACACGGAUUUAAACAAGUAGAGUUAAGUUCAUUUCAAAUAAAUGUAGUGACUUGUUUACAAAGGAUGUUUUUAAAAACUGAGAGAAGUCAGAGAGUGUUUUAAGCACAUAGACCUCACAAAGUGUUCUUCACUGUUUUCUUGUUUUUUGAAUAUUUGCGCAUCUUGUUAUGAAUAUUACAAUGUGCAUUUUAAAUGACUGUUGGGGGACAAUGUGAACGAAAGCAUAAUAACCCUCUUCCUGGCCACCUCUAAGAUUUAGGACAUUAUUAUUAUGAGUGUGCAGCCAAGACGAGUGGGCUGAUCAUUGAUGUUCAUUCCACUACGACUGAAACCAAAGCUCUGACUCUACCUAUAAUACUUGACUUACAGUCACUCUACAUCUGGCCUGUGGAAUCUUUAAAUUAUGUCCCCACA